CCCCUCGCAUAUCACUUAAUGUAUUACCCUCAGAGGCUUGUCUUUGAUCAUUGAAUCUAUUACCACGAAACCAUAGCGUACGAUGCUUGGACACUGUCUUUGUCGCAUCCUUCUCCCAUUGUUCUCAAGAUCAAACCGGACUAUUACUGCUGCACAGUAAAAUGACUGAAUUCAAGCAUCCAGUUCGACCAGGCUAUUCUAGCCGGAAAAUCAGCGCUCUCCCCGAAUCUCCGUACAGUCCAUAUUGGAAACGAAGUUCAGCCCAAUACGCUCAAGAUUUGCUCGGAUACUCGGAAGAACCGAUUGAGUACGACCACAACGAUCGCGACUACUGGGACAACUGUUUCUUCUUCCCAGAGGACUGCUCGUGGUCCCCGCCCAAAGACUGGAUCAUCGAAGAGCACAUCACCCGCAGCAAUAACACCACACCACAAGCUUGUCACGACCCGUCCUUGGACGAGACCGUUGCCAUGAUUCCUGGACUUCCGGAUAUCAAGAUGUUGGACGCGGAGGCGCUCAGUGACCUUCUCGAGGACAAUCUCUCGCCUCCUGAAAUCACCUCGAUAAUAGUCUUUUCUACCAACGGCGCCAUUUUCGCAUACGCCUCGACUCUCCCAUCCCGUCAGCUCCGGAACCUAAGCGCCACAUACGGCGCAGCCUAUACCUGCUAUGCAAAGAACGCCUCAACGGGCAACCUCACCGGCGUCAACCCUGCCAGCCACCCUUCGUCAUACGUGACCACUCCCUCUGUAUCACUCGGCGACGUCGGAUCAAUUGUCUUCGAGCUCGACGACUCCGUAGCCGUCGUCACCCCGAUAGCCGACAAGGUCCUCCUUGCCGCCAUCGGACCCUCAAAAUUGGGCAGCAACAGCGCCCAGGAUGCAUCCGCCAGCACCCCGAACGGCCACGCACACGCGACUCCAAACGGCUCCACGCACCAACACAACCACAAUCACCAUGCAUCAGGCGCAAACACCCCCGACUCCACCUCCAAUGCCACCCACAACGUCCGCACCUACGCCAGCGUCGUAUCCUCCAACGCCGGGGGUGGCGGCCGAAGUAACGGCACCAGUGCUCCCGGAGGUGACACAAGCGACUCACAAAUAGACUCGCACCUAGAAACCCAAUACGAGAUCGACCGCAGCAGCGACCUUGCCCGUCUCGCCACGUUGAAUCUCUCCGCGUCCCCAUCGAUCCUCCUUGCCUUGGAGUCCAAAUCUGCCGCUCUAGGUCGGUUUCUGAGUCAGAAGUUAGAAGACCUAGAAAGCCCAGAAGACUUCUAAAUCAAGCAAAGAAAAAUAAAGAAAAGACAAGAGAGAGAAAAGAGACUAAAGCAAGUACCACUACUUCAUCUCUUGUGCAUCUUCUCAAGCCACCUCCGAACGCCAGAGUGGUACUUCCACAAACCCUUGUCAAUCUUGUUUGCUUCUCCUUUUUCUUCUUCAUUAUACCUAGUCUGCAGCAAGUUACAUACCUGUUCACCUUGAAUCAUACAGCCCUCGAUCGUCCUUUAUAUUCUUUGAGCGGGUUCAUGAUAUCAUCAUCUCAUCGUGAUCGUUUUUCUUCUUUCUGCUGAUAACUAUCAUCAGUUGUCUGCUACCGGUCGGAUCUUUGAGUAUCUGGGUUAUGUUUUUAUUAUGUUGUAUGGCGUUUGCAACGUCUAUUGUUUGUAACUAAACCCCGCCGGUAGUUUGGAUGUAUUGAAUACGUCUCGCACCUUUGUUCAUAGAAGGAA